UCCGCACAAUAUCGCUCACCUACAUGACUCACAAAGAGCCAUUGUUUCUUUGUCAUGGCCUGCUAGAUGUAUCAAACCCAAAACUGCUAUCAUUCGAUCGUAAUAGGUUGAUCGCCUUAUACUUACUUAUCGCACUUCUGUUUUGUUUUGUCUCAGCCACGUGGUUCCAACAAAUCUAGUUAACCCAGCCGACUAUACGUGUUUAUCCAAAAGCGCUACGUGCAACCAAACCAAGUGUGUCAUUAGACUAAUGAUUCAUUUGUUCACCGUUCAUAUACUAAUGAAGGUUUUUAAAAAGUUCUCCUCGGUGAUUACGUUUUUGAUUGUCAAUAGCAUCGAAUUGGUCGGUAUGAUUGAAGUGUUGUUAUAAAUGCUGGGAGAGAUGUGAGAUUUGUUGUUUUUCCGAAAAAAAUUUGGUACAGCCACCAGUUUGGCACACACCCCAGCUUUUACAGCCACCGAUCCUCCAUCCCAGACAACAGUUUCAUCAGAAUAUUCCUGAUGAAGGUACCAUCAGUCUUCAUUACAAUAAUGUGCAGCAACCUAAUGUCUAUGAAGUGAACGGUACCACCUAUUACGGAACUGCCAACAGUCAUAUGGCUUCAGCUUCGGCGAAUAAGCACCACAGAAGACCUUUGCCUGAAGAAUGUGAAAAUGCAAAGGAUGAGAAAAGAAUCAGGAGGCACCACAACGAUGGUCAACGUCGGCAUUCAAGUUUUUUCGAAAAACAAUCUGAUGUUGGCUCACCGAGGUGUCCCCAGCAGCAGAGGCCGAACAAGAAGAAAUCUAAGAAGCCAUUCCCUAAUGUGUUCAAGCCCAUUCGCUCGGCAAGGGACGAACGACCAUCAGAUUGUGGUGCUAAAGAAAGGAAUAACCCCCCUAGGGUGGAAGCUGCUGUUUCGCCAGUGUUCGGAUUGACUGAAGAACGACUGUACAACCUCCUCAACCAGUUCACCGUAGCUCCGGAGGAUCUGUUUUCCAACGGUUUUCCACAGGUGGAUAUGGUUAAGAACCAAGUCCGCCUGUACAAACACUCUUUCGGAAAACCUUUCAGGAUCCCGAAGAGAUUGGCUGGUAUUGAGGAGGAUUUCGAUCGGAAUUCACCGACCGCAGUUGAGAGGACCUGCGUUCGGUGUAACGAUCAGUUCUUCGUCAACGAGAACGGUUACCUGACGAAACAGCAGUGCUUCUACCACUGGGGGAAAAUUUCGUACUGCCGCCAUACAUGUUGCGAAAACACUCCGGGAUCCAAAGGUUGCACUUCGUCAAAACACCACGUCUGGAACGGUACAGUGGCCGGGAUCAACGAGCCCCUGCAAGGUUUCAUAAGCACAAAACGCAGCAAAAAAGCGGAACGCAAGGUUUUCGCUGUAGACUGCGAAAUGUGCUACACCGUGCGUGGCUUGGAACUUUGCAGGGUAACCGUUCUGGGUUUUGAUGGUGCCACGGUGUACGAUUUUUUUGUGCAACCGGAGGAAGAAGUUGUGGACUACAACACUAAAUUUUCCGGAGUGACCGAAAGUGACGUGUAUGGGGCAAAGUCGAAAACCUUCCAACAGGCCCAGAGCGAUUUGUUGAAUCUUAUCCACGAGGACACCAUUCUUAUAGGACACGCGUUGGACAACGAUUUGCGAGUGCUUAAACUGGUCCAUUCUAAAAUUGUGGACACGUCUCUCAUUUUCCCUCACGAGCGUGGUUUUCCCUUCAGGAACUCGUUAAAACAGUUGAUGUCAGUUCAUCUGAAUAAAGCAAUUCAGACAUCCGAUCAUGGACAUAGUCCAUAUGAGGAUGCUCUGAGUUGCUUGGAGCUGAUAAAGUUUAAAAUACAACUGCACUACGCUGAGAGACGUCUCACAAUUUAAGAAGAGACCAGUUGGCAAGAUCUUGUCCAACAGUUCCGUGAUCCUCAUCCUGAAUUUUGUAUAUAGGUACAACACAUGUGAUAUAAAACUAAAAUUUUUAUGUAUAUAUUUCAAUAUUUUAUAUGAUCUCAGUAUGUUAGCUAAUUGUUAAUUCAAUUGGUUGUGUUACUUUUAAAUUGACCGCACUUAUGUAUAUAUGUAUAUAUGUUUAUAUUUCAAAUAAAUCUUUGUUUUCAAAUUGAAUUAGGACAUUUCAAUCUAAUACCAAACUUUUGAUAGCAAACAGUUUAACAAAAUGUCUGAAUUAGUUUCAUAUGAUUACUAUAAAGAUGUUCCUAAACGUAUAUAAAAACAAACUGAUUUUAAAACAAAAUUGUAUGAAUGAAUACAAUUUUAUAUCGACAAUUUUGUCAUUUUUACUUAUGGACAAAUUUCUAUCUAUCACCGUCCACUAUUUGUUUAUUAUUGUAAAUAUCUACUUUUUUAUGUUAAUCUUAAGUUCCAAUCAUGGCUGUGCUGUCAAUGUACAAAUUAUUUUAUGAAUAAUAAUAGAAGUUCUUUUCAAA